AUGCAGCACAGCCAGAGCACCUACGACGGCCCCCUCCCCUCCUCCUUCCUCCCCCGCGCCCCCUUCUUCACCCCUGCUCCGUCCCCCAACAAGGCCUGGCAACCAUCCACCAACGUACCAACUCCCUCAUCCCCUCCACCCAGCUCCCAGCACAGACAGGUGGCUGCCCGAGAUUUGUUUCUACGGGGAAAAGGAAAGCCUGUCGCUACAGCGUCCGACAAGAUCUUGGCUGCCGUCAAAGACUUGGGCUCCCAGAUAUCAGAUCUCCAUAGCGAAGUUUCUUCUUUGAAGAAAGACAACCGUCAUCUUUGCGACCAGCUUCAUGAACUACAGCUGAGCGUCCGGUGUCUACCCUCUCGAGAUGAGGUCACGGAUGAGAUCAUCAACAACAUAACCCCCGAGCUGCAAGAAUGUCUCCAGUCUACCCUGAGCCGAUUCGAGAGUACAACUGCGCAUUUUCCUGGCAAAGUGGUAGAAGCUAUUGCCCCGCACUUGAGCAAUCUACAAGCGGAAUGCAAGAGAUUGGGGCAAGAUGCCAGACCCGGAAAACCCGGAAAUGAGUCUCAUUCACAACCUCUCCACGACCUCUUGAGCCACGUCAUCGCCAAGCUCGGGGCUAUUGAAACAGUCGGAGACUCUGUCCAGACCAUCCACAACAUCUCUCAGAUAGCAGGCGACGUUGCCCUGUGUCGGGAGUCUCUGAACUGCCUCCCCAAAAUCACUGAAGAAAUGGAGGCAACAGCCCACAAGUCGCGCGAAACCCUGCUGUCUAUACAGCAAAGUGUCCAAGGCUUACAUCAUUGUUUGGACCGCACCCCACACUCUUCACAGGCCAUUGGCGACGCCAACCAAGCUACGGCCACUCUGAAGAUCCGCGAAUUACUCACACUCAUCCUGACCAGGCAAAAUGAGAUGAAGUUCCUGCUCGGUCGGUUGUCAGCACUACCUCUAGCCUUGUCUAGCUCUCAGCGACAAUACCCGACCUCGAGCUUUCCUGAUUUCCCUGCCAGCAGCCAAGAUGAAAGUCAGCCAGUCAUGACGACCCCUGUCUCUGAAGGUCACAUUGGCCGUAUCACUCUUUCCUCUCGUGAAUCCUCGACUCAACAAGACUCUUCCCAGUCUAGCCUGGCUGAUGAUCGCCCUCUUGUCGGCGACAGCUUGGCUGACAUUUUUGGGCCCAAAGCCUUCAUACCUGGUCCUGUUCGCGCAACCUCCGAUAGACAAGACACUCGACAAGGGGGCUCGCGCAUGUCAGUUGACGAGGCGGAGCCUCCGCUGCCUGUCCUCUCAUACCCCCAAGCCGUCUUCAGCCCCUCUCCUAUGAUAGAAAUGGUCUCCAACAAGAAAUCACAUAAAAGGGGCAGACUCCAAAAGAAGAAACAGCCCAUCACCGCUCAAUUGUCAACUAUCACAAGACUUCCUCUCGAUGACUCUGCACCCGGCAAGCACGCCCCCAUUCUCUCGCCUGGUGAUGAACCUCGCCGACAGACUCGACACAGCUCCCGUAUAGCUCAAAAUGCAUCUGGGACGCAGCAAAGCCUUCCUCAUGCGGAUGCGGAAUCGUCUCUGGCAUCGCGAGAUACAUCGAAGGACGGUACCGCUGAGAACAAGGAGUGUCCCAGCCAAUACCGCAAGGUCGGCCAAGGCGGCGGUAGCAAGGCAAAGAAGCGGACCUGGGACUUUUCGUCAGACGAGAACUAG